UUUCUGGAGGCUUGACCAGUAGUUGGACUAAAGGGACGGUCUGAACAAUUCACUAGAACCAAUUUCGAAAUAAUGCCUAUUUUCAUCCUUUAGAACAUUCCCUAAUUGCCCAACGGUGGAAUGUUUUGCUGACAAUUCAUGAAAGGAAGUUAUGUGAAUUCAACUUGCUGAAGAAUAGAUGUCCGGAAUUCCAAUUAAGCCUCAGUAUUUGAACAUAUGCCUAUGUCUCAACAGGGACCCGUGGACGACUGUAGAAUUACGUUUACUGUUAUCAUCACAAAUAUCUUGUGACUUCGACUCGGGCCUCUUAAUACAAAAUAAUGCCUUCUAGUGAUGAACUGAGAUAUUGUACCUGGCAUGAUUUCUAACGAGCAGACCUUGUAAUUGCAGUUCAGGAGAUGCGAUAGCUCAGUCGGUAUAUCAGUUUAUGAGGGUUUUAUUAUUCGGUGACCCGGGUUCGAUUCCCAGUCGGUACAGGAUAGUGCCCUUUAAUGGUAAGGCAUUUAAAUCCUCAUUUCCAGGUCCCUCGGAAAGGACCUUAAGCCGUCAGUCCUCCGGUUGCCUGCUUGAGAGUAUUCAUACUUUCUUAGCAAUCAGGUUAAAAAUAAGUCACGAUAUACACCAUCACACUGAUCGAUCAUGUCUCAGUCGAUCAAAGUUAUCAACUCUUGUGACGAUGAGAAGGUCGUUCUGAGAUUGGGAGUGUUGACUGAGAGGUCGAUUGGAUUCAAGCAAUGGCUGCUUCAUCAUCUUCGUUCUCGUAACUGUAGUCGGGUGCUGGACGUAGCGUGUGGAACAGGAGGGGAUUCUCUUUUUCUUCUGAAGCACGGUUUCCAAGUCGUCAGCUCAGACAGCGCAGAUGCGAUGCUACGCCAGGCAAGGCAUGCCAGGAAGUCAUAUGAGAGUCAACAGCAACAUGGUACCUGGGAUAUCGAGAAGGCCAAUUGGUUGACGUUGAGGGCGGACCUUGGUGACUAUGGUGAAUUCGAUGCCGUUCUCUGCAUGGGAAACUCGCUGCUAUGUCUUACCGAUCCGACACCAAACUUCGGUCUCUACCGACGCUGCCUUGAGAAUUUCAAAUCGAUGCUCAAACCGGGAGGUGUCCUCUUAUUGGACCAUCGGAAUAUUGACGUCAUCAUGGACCGCGGCGAUCCUAUCAACAAGAACGUUUACUUCAAGGAAGACAACAUUAAGAGAAUUUCUUCAGCGAUUGUCCACUCCCAUGGUCAAGCAGACGUGGUCAAUUUUACAUUCGAUAUGCGUGUUAAUAGUCACACUGAUGAAGACGGAGACAAGAUCACAAAUGACCUCGAUAUAACUCCAGGAAAUAACAACGAGGUAGAAAUUGAAAAAGUUUCUGUGCCACUACAAGCAAUUCGUGCUCAGCAACUCUCUACCUUGCUUGCUGAAGUAUUUGGAGAGAAUUGCGAGCGGGCCCUCUACGGUGAUUUCAAGUCAGCUUUCACAAUGUCCGACACGGCAUAUUUCCAACAUGUAAUUACAAAAAAGAAGUGAUCAAUUCGUACAAGAAAAUGGAUCCAACUGUGCUUCACUCGUCCUUCACUCUGAGGUACAUGGGUACCCAGUAAGAUUGAGUCCUUGAGAAUGCACUGAGCGCCGCUGAUGGAAUGGUACAUCGCUCGAGCCAAGGAAGGGGUCAUCAUAGUUGCGCUUUGCAUCUGUUUGGCAAAAGGGCAAUAUAAAUCAUCCGGCUAUUUUUAUUAUUAUUACAAUAAAAGUUUGACAUAUUUUUUUACCAAGUUAUUUAUGCAUUUUUAUUAACUCAUCUAGUCAACUUACAUUUCUAUCAUUUAUCAUACCUACCAUAUUUCCAGGGGGUUCUCCCUUAUGGUAAACAACACAUGCACCCCCCCCCCCGAGCACUCAUGCUUCCCAUGGGCCAUUCAUUAUCCCUUUGGAAUUUAGUUUGUCAAACUUUGAGAGAUAUAGUAGAAAAAAAAACACGGACCAACUUUUUGAGCGAUCAGGCCUAGCUACUCUAUAUAAGUUAUUGUUUUUCAAAAUUAUUUAAAGAUCAAGUCCAUCCCAGCAAAAUGUUGAUUUGAAUAAGUAGAGAAAAAUCAAA